AUGGCGACGCUUCCCCGCGCGAAUUCGAGUCCCGCCUUCUCCGGCAAUAGCAGUGCUUUGCACUCUCAGAGCAUAAGAAUACGCAAGCCAAUCUCCUGCUCUCCCUCUUCUGCCCACCAACUGUUCGAUGAAAAUCGCUACAGAGAUUAUUCCGGGAAGGCCGCCCUUAUCCGCAGCCUCUCUCGUCAAGGAGAGCCCCUUGAGGCGCUGGACCUCUUCCGUGAAUUGGCAAGUGAUAACCCGCAAAAGCCCGCCGCGCUUCCCCUUGCCGCGGUUCUUCGAUGCUGCACCUCUCUGCAAGCUCUUAAGUCCGGGCAAGAGGUGCACGGCUUUUUGGUUCGCAAUGGCGGGGAGGAGGCAUCCGCUUGCCGCACUCAAAGCGCCUUGGUUUGUUUUUACUGUAAAUGCGGACUUCUCUCGAUUGCACGCAAGGUGUUUGAUCUUAUGCCCAUGAGAGAUGUAGUUUCUUGGACCAUCAUGCUCAUGGGCUAUGCUAAUGGGAGAGGCCAUAAGGAUGAACUAAUGUGUUUAUUCCUUGAGAUGUUGUGGAGCGGGAUCGCGCCAAAUUGCCAUACUCUCACUGUUAUGCUCGGCCGUGCUUCGCUGCCGGAAGGGAAGCAGUUACAAGCUUACAUUGCAAAGAGAGGUUGGAAUUAUGAUGCGUUUACAGGAAGUUCGCUUAUAGAUUUGUAUGCUAAGAACGGGAAUUUGGAUGCUGCCCAGUUGGUGUUUGAUAGGAUUAAAUGCAAGGAUAUUGUCUGCUACAAUAGCUUAAUAUUGGGUUACGGUCGAAACGGAUUUGCUCGGAACCUCUUCAUCAUUUUCGACAAAAUGUGUAUGGUUGGUUUAGUUCCAAACAAUUCUACCAUGGUGGGACUGUUAAACAGCUGCGCUCAUUUGGGGCUACUGAGCCUCUCCAGGCAGUUCCAUGGUCAAGCUGCGGCAAGGGGUUUUGGCCCAGAUGAAGUGCUGCAAGGCAUAAUCAUCGACAUGUACGCAAAAUGUGGUGAUUUGGAAUCUGCUCGUGUUGCAUUUGAUAGAAUGGAAGACGUGAAAAACAUUGCAGGAUGGAACUCAAUGAUUUGUGGGUAUGGGAAGCAUGGAAAUGCCAUGGAGGCUUUUGAGGUUUUUAAUUCAAUGCAGAAUGCUUCAUUUCCUCCUGAACACAUCACAUUUACAUGCUUGUUAUCAGCUUGCAGUCAUUCUGGUUUGGUGGAUGAGGGAUGGAAGCUUUUCAAUUCUAUGGAGGAAGUUUACAGGGUUUGUCCUAGUAAGGAGCACUAUGCCUGCAUGGUAGAUCUUUUAGCCAGAGCAGGGAGGGUAAGAGAGGCCUAUGAGUUUAUAAGCAGAAGUAAUUUGGAGUUUGAUGGUUCAGUUUGGGGAGCACUGCUUGCUGCUUGUAAGGUCUGGGGAGAUGCUGAUAUUGGAAAGAUUUCUGCCAGAAAAUUGUUUGAAAUUGAGCCUGAAAGCUCUGGAUCUUAUGUUGGAUUGGCUAGUAUUUUUGCGGCGAAUGAACGAUGGGAUGAUGCUGUACUGGUUAGGAGAUUAAUGGAUGGUAAUGGGGUCAAGAAAGAUCCUGGUCAUAGUUUGAUUAAUCUUAGAGGAGCUGUGCAGAAAUUUAGGACUGGAGAAGGAGAUAUGAUGAAUUGCCAGGAUAUGGAAGAGUUAAUGCUUAUGUGCAGGAGAUUGAACUCCAACAUUCUUAGUUAUGAUUAUGAUGAGAUAUUAGUUGGUUUUGAAGGUUAA